ACUUUAUUUGUCGGUGCAUCUGUAUCUAGUUUGCCAGUUUACGAAGAUGCAAACCGGGUGUGUGCUGAAACCGUUGCAUGCAACUACUGUAACGUUAGCGGUGCAGCCGUUUGACCUGUGAAAAUAAGCUUUGAGGUGAAAUUCUGAGGUAAAAUUCUACAGAGUUAAAGCGAGGACACCGAUGAAACUGUGAUGCUGCUCAAGCUUUAAUGACCUGACAGCUACAAUUCUUCGAAAGAAUCGUUCAUUGACGUCGUACAGGUUUGGCACAUGCCAGAAUGUGCGGGAGAACGGCUUGCACACUUGUGCCGAAUGAGCUCAGUCGUGCUGCUCACUAUCGAGACAGGACGGGACGACGAUGCAAGCCCCUAUGGAAGGAUGGAGACACUGACAAAUACCGCCCAUCAUACAACAAGAGUCCUCAGUCCUUCAGCCCUGUACUGCUGUCCAACAGACACUUCAACAAGGACGCCCCGGUAGAUGAGUGUGUGUUGGCAGCGAUGCGCUGGGGUCUCGUCCCGGCGUGGUUCAGAGAGAACGACCCCAGUAAGAUGCAGUACAACACUUCUAACUGUCGCAGCGAGAGUCUGCUAGAAAAGAAGUCUUAUAAGGAUCCUCUUCUGAAAGGACAGCGCUGUGUCAUUCUAGCCGAUGGCUUCUAUGAAUGGAGGCGAACGGAGAAAGAGAAGCAGCCUUUCUUCAUUUACUUCCCUCAGAGUCAAGGAGGUCAAGUGCCUAGUCAACAGAAUACACAGAAAACAAAAAGUGACCAAAGUUUGGACCUAGAAGAGAGUGAUCAGGACGGCAGUGACUGGACAGGGUGGCGUCUGCUGACAAUAGCAGGGCUCUUUGACUCCUGGACUCCUCCUUGUGGUGGAGAGACGUUGUAUACUUACACUGUUAUUACUGUGGACUCCUCUUCAAAUCUUCAAAGCAUCCAUGACAGGAUGCCGGCUGUGCUGGACGGGGAGGAUGAGGUAAGGCGGUGGUUGGACUUUGGAGAAGUGAAGUCCCUGGAAGCAAUGAAAUUACUACAGCCAAAGUCCUCCUUGACCUUUCACCCCGUCUCCUCAUUGGUCAACAAUUCCCGCAACAACUCUCCAGAGUGUCUGCAACCUGUAGACCCCACAGUUAAGAAGACUGUUCAACCUACAGCUAGCAGUAAAAUGAUGAUGAGCUGGCUGAAAACUGCCUCGCCCACUAAGAGGAAGAAUCCUGAUGAAGACACUUCAGCUAAAACACCUGAAGGGAAGCCUGGAGCAGAGAAGCAAAGCAAGCCGGCUGGGCCUCUCCAGCAGUGGCUGCUGGGGUCUGGAUCCAACAAAAAGCCAAGAACUUCUUCAGAAUGACCAGAAGACAGAAAAUGCACCUUGACAUGCCUAAAAAUGUUUGGUUGUUCACCCAAAACUGAAAAAAUGUUUUCACCGCAGGCCGUUCAAGAUGUACAGUAUAUGAUGUUUUUUCACCAAAACAGAAAUUUAGCAUUUUAUCACUUGCUCACCAGUGGAUCCUGUGGGUGCCAUCAGAUAAAAACAUCACAAUAAUCCAUACAGUUAAAGUGAAUAAUUGAAUUGAAUAAUUUCUCGUGAAUUGAAAAACUGCGUUUGUUAAAAAACAAAUGAACUUUUGAUGAGACAUCUUAACUUUAAACUAUCACUUCUGGCCAAAACAGUAAUCUGCAAUAAGGCUCCACGAGUGGAAAACCCCCAAAAACCCCUCUCACAUAAAAACCCAUCAUUAUAAUCAUUUAGAACAGUUUUUUCUUGUUAACAGUGCUUGAUCUGUGCUUUUUUUUUCUCUCCUGAUUCGAAGAUGACUUUCAACAGAGAAAGCAGUGUUAUUGAUAGAGGACUUUUAUUUCAUCCAGCAGCAAUAUUUUGGUGUUACAAUUUAGUUUA